AUGUUUGAUUGGAUUUUUCCAUCCGUUUUAAUGCAAAAUGUUUCUUCAAAAAAAAAACAAGGAACACAACUUCGAAUACUUGAUGUUCAACAAUUGGAUCAUAUGUAUUCUCUCUCACAUCCAGUUAUAGCAUGUCAAGAAACAAUUGCUCAUCUUCAGAGAACAAAGGUCAUGUUUCUAAUGCGUGGACUUCCUGGUUCAGGAAAAUCAACAUUAGUAAAUAUCCUAAAACGAAUCUAUUGCAAAUCAUUUAUUGUUUGUUCGGCUGAUAAUUAUUUUAUUGAUAGUAAUGGUGUUUAUAAUUUCAAUCGAGAUAAAAUUGGUGUUGCACAUCAAGUUUGUCAACAACAAGCUGAAGAUGCUUGCAAAAAAAAUAUUCUUGCAAUAAUUAUUGAUAAUACAAAUAUUCGUAUGGAUGAAUGUAGACCAUAUCUUCAGAAAGCAUCUAAUUAUGGUUAUAUUGUGAUUGUUGUUGAACCACGAACAAACUGGAAACGUGAUCCAAAUGUUUUAAUGGAACGAAAUACACAUCAAGUUCCAUUAGAUGUAAUACAAGGACGUCUUCGUCAAUUUAAUCCACUUACUCCAUUCUAUUUUGGUUUAUUUCUUAAUCAUGAACAAUCAACAUAUGUUCUUCAAGAAGCUUAUGAUUAUUAUCAACAAGCGUUACAAACAUUUCCACAAUUAAAACGAGAUUUGGAGCGAAUUAGUCGAGAUAAAAAUAUAUCGGUGAAUGGUUUAUUAAGUCGAUCAAAUAUGAGUGUUCAACCGAAAAUUCUUCAUUGUACUGUAAAAUUCAUUGGAAAAAAUACAGAUCAAAGUCGAAAUGAAUAUACAAAUUAUGCUGCCAAUCGUUUAGUUUCACAUUUACUUGGAAAAGUAUGUCCAGGUUAUAUUGUUGGAUUUACUAUUACACCACGUACUUUAGGUGCACGUCUUCUUUUUCCAAAUCGUAAUGUUUGGUCAAUUUGGGGUCAAGAUGAUAAUGAAUCACCCAAAAAAGAAUCACCAUCCCAUACUAAUAAUAAUAAUUAUGAUAAUAAUAGUAGUAAUAAUAAUAAAAAACAACGUCCAUUUCAUCGUAAUAAUAAAUCGAAAAUAACCACCACUGAUAAUUUCAAUACUAAUGAUGACGAAAAUGCAUCAAUGGUCAGAUCAGUCGAUGAUGUACUUUUAGUUGAUAAAAUCAUUCCAACAAAUGAAUCUGAACAAAUAUCAUUUCUUCAUCCAACAUUUGGUUUUCUUUCUCGUGCUCAUUUAACAUGUGGUGUUGCACCAGAUAUAAGUGCAUCACAAACAGGUCAUGAUAUGACUGAAAUGAUUAAAAAAGAAAGUGAUAGUAUUCAUAGAAAUACUCCUACACCUGAAAGUAAUGAUGAACGAACAGUAAUGAAAUUCUUUGGUGAGGGACAUUGUAUUGUUUAUUUAAAAGAACCAAUUCCAAUUGACACUGUUUUUACUGGUUGUUUUCAUUAA